GACUCCAGGAGGGGCAGCAGUGCACUGUUAAGGAGGCGGACUGCCGGACGAAGAAGAAGCAGCUCUGACGUCAUCACGUAGAACGUGCAGCACUGAAGCAACAUGGCUCUGAACGGAGAUGACAAAGACUUUGACUGGGAGCCUCCGACCGAGGCCGAGAUGAAGGUGAUCCAGGCUCGCAGGGAUCGACAAGACAAAAUCAGCAAGCUGAUGGGAGACUACCUGCUCAAAGGGUUCAGGAUGCUGGGAGAGUGCUGCGAUGUGUGUGGGACAAUCCUUCUCCAGGACAAACAGCAUAAAAACUACUGCGUCUCAUGUCAGGAGCUGGACUCUGAUGUUGACAAGGACAAUCCUGCUCUGAAUGCACAGGCAGCGUUGUCCCAAGUGAGGGAGAGACAGCUCGCAGCCCAGUCCACUGCACCGUCCCAGGCCCCGGAACUCAACGGAGGCCCCAGCAGCAGCAGUCAGGCAAGUGUGUUGGUUCCUCUGCCCAGGCCGGAGCACUGCGAGGGGGCUGCAGCAGGGGGGCGAGCUCUCCUGCCUCCACCUGCUAUCCCUUCUCCUGCCCCUCUUCCCCCCACCCCUGCUCUGGCCCCUCCUCGACCCCCGGUGGUCCCACAGAACCCGCCCCUUCAAUCUAUGUUGCAAGAAGCUGAGGAGGCCGUUCUGAUCAAACUUCGGUGGGCCACGAACCAGCUGCAGAGUUCGGCCUCGCUGGAAUCAAGUAUCCAGCUGUGCAGCCUUAUCACCAGCUGUGCCAACUCGCUGCGCAGCCUCAAGGAGCUCAGCCAGUAACCAGCAUGGCGAAGGCUGGAACCCUGGAGCGCUGUUUCUACUUCUCCUGGAAUACUGACUCUGGUCAACUGCUUUGCAGCAUCUCUUUGACUGACUCCUUGCAUAGAACUGAAUUUAAAAUUGGUCAGCAAAUGCACUCAAAACAAGAUUUAAAAUGUCAUAGGUUCACAAGCUGCUCUCAAGUUGGCGUACUUCCAUGGCUGAGAGAAAUGUUGUGUUCCGUUGCUUCUGAAAAUGUCCAAGCACACAUGUUUGAACAUUUGACAAUUUGUAAGUUAGGGUAUGUACCCAUCAUGUCAAAACGCACAUUCGUCAUUGGUAUGAAAUUAAAACCAUCUGGCCGCAAACAUUUUAAAGGAAGACGUGAUCUAUAAUCUAUUGUAAAGGACUGCUAAUGUUUUCCUGCAGGUGACUGGCUUUGGUUAAUCCUAAAAAUUCCGCCACAUUGAUACAACAUCCGCUUUCUGCUGUUUCAGUCGAUAUAAAAAAUGCUGAAGGUUUGCAAAUUCGAACAAAAACUAAUGCCCAAAUGUCUGUAGAAUUGUGUGUCUGCAAAUGCAACAGUACAAUGGUGAUAUACAGUAUGGUCCUCGACUUAAGGUCAAUUUAAAUGUGCAGGCCGCUGGAGUAUUGUUGAAAAAAUACCAGCCAUCCGAUAAGACAUUUUUCUAUUUACUGUUCAAUCUAGCUACAGAUUUUCAAUGUGUACGAGCAGUUCUGAGGUUUUUAUUGUAAAUAUAUUUGAUACCCGAAGGUGGUGGUGAUGAUGGUCAUUUGAUGCUCAGAGGAGUAUGACAUUCAGAAGUCAGUCGAAAUUGUUCAUUCGUUAAAACCAUCUGGAGCAAAUGAACCAGGCACUGUACCUUCAUAGACUCUUUACAUCCAAUAAAAGCCAGCUUCGGGGUUGAUCUAGAGAGGUUUCAUUCUGAAGUUUUCUUUCUUCCCACAAGAGGGCGCCAAAUGCAAAACGCAACGGUUUAAGGUUGAAUUGGAGAACGCUGUGUUUAAGUAGCAUUUAAAGUACCAAUAAACAUGUACAUUGCAACAAUGUU